AUGGCGCCCAUGACGAGGCUAAGAGCUGACGAAAAUCACGUACCGCUUGAUAUGAUGCUGGAGUAUUACGCGCAAAGGGCUUCGGUACCUGGGACUCUGCUCAUCACGGAAGCCACAUUCGCCUCGGAGAAAUCGAGAGGUCGGGACGAAAAUGCACCGGGCAUUUAUUCUAAAGAGCAGGUUGAUGCUUGGAAAAGAAUAACGGAUGAAGUUCACGCGAAGGGUUCAUUUAUCUUUAUGCAGCUUUGGCAUGUUGGCAGAGCAGCUCGUCAACACGCUUUGGACAGAGCUGAGCUGGAGAUGGUUAGCAGCAGCGAUAUUCCCAUCGGCGAUGGCAAUCCGACACCUCGACCUAUGACUACAGAUGAAAUCUGGGAAUGCAUUGCGUCUUUCGCUAGUGCUGCAAGGAACGCUAUUGAUGCUGGAUUUGAUGGUGUUGAGAUACAUGCUGCGAAUGGAUAUCUGAUCGAUCAGUUCACACAAGACACAUGUAACAGACGAACCGACGAAUGGGGCGGAACUAUCGUGAAUCGCUCACGUUUCUGUUUGGAGAUUGCUAAAGCGGUGACGAAAGAGAUAGGUGCAGACCGAACAGCUAUCCGUUUGUCACCAUUCAGUACUUUCCAGGCCAUGAGAAUGGAAGACCCCAAACCACAGUUCACCCACCUUAUUUCCAAGCUGAAGUCACUUGGUCUUGCAUACUUUCACCUCAUCGAGCCCAGAAUCGCCGGCAACGUUGACAGGCCAGUAGACGAAGACAAGGAAAGUCUUGACUUUGCUUUUGAUGCCUGGGCAAGGGCGGCACCCGUGAUUGUCGCAGGAGGAUACACGGCCGAAACAGCAAAUCACGCGCUCGAGACGCGUUUCAGGGAUGAUACAGUGGCGUUUGCUUUCGGGAGACACUUUAUUUCGAACCCUGACCUGCCAUUCAGGUUGUCUAAGGAUAUUGAUUUGGCGAAAUAUGACAGAGAUACAUUUUACAAGGUUAAGAGCAAAGAUGGGUAUACGGAUUAUCCUUUCAGUGAAGCUUGGAUUGAAGGACAAAGACUAUAG